CUUUUGACACUUGAGUUUUGCCUAUUUGUUUUGACAUUUCAACAUCUUGAAAAAGUUGUAUGUAAUUAUUGUAAUAUCAAGUAAUAUUUUCAUUUACUGAUUGCGAUUGCAAUCAAAUGUACACAUAUUUUGAAUAAGGGACAUUGUAGCAAAACAAAAUCUUAUGGUAAAUAAUAAACAGUAGUUAUAAAUAAUGGAAAUCGAAAAGGAAAAUUUGCAGACUAAGAAAAAGAAGAAAAACAAACAGAAAACUGAAAUCAAAAGCAAUACAACCACACAACAAAGUUCUUCAAUCAAAAAUCAAGAUUAUUUUGAAUCGAUUCCUACUAGUACUGUCGAACAAAUUCCAACAAUAGAAUGUAGUACGUCUGCCGACAGAGUAAAAAAAGAAAUUAAUCCCACUAAAGAAACAUCAAAUAUCCAACAAAAUAUUGAGAAAACUGCACAUGAACAAACUGUAGAAACUAUUCAGGAUAAUAAAACAUUACAAGAUAAUGUAGAACCUCCAAUUCAGUGCCCUGAAACAGUUCAUCAAUAUGAUGUUACCAACAUUUAUGGUUCCUUGGAUAAAGUAGGGAAUAAAAGUAGUGAAAAGUCAGGCGAGGAGUCAGAAUUACUGCAUAGAUCCAUGUCAAAAGAAUUAGAGGAAGCACUGAAUGAAAGCACCAAAAAAAUGAUAGAACCUGAGAAAAUUCUUAUGAACAAUAAACAGAUCAUAAAGGAAAUAGAAAAGCAAGACAUAAUUUAUGAGAAGACUAGAGAAGUGACUAACACUAAUCUGAAAGAGAUCGAGUUUCCCAUGGGCAUUAAACCAUACACAGAAUCACAAUUAAGUGCUUUAUAUUACAAUCAAGAACUGGAGACAUUAGAUGAUUUUAUCAAACAGUAUGUUCAAGCAGAACUGAAAGGUGCAGUAAUGAAACAACACCCUCUAUAUGAAUUGCUAAUAAACUAUUUACGAAUUCAGGAAAAAAUAACUGGAAAUACCAUGGAAUUGGAUCAAAUAAGAAAAGAAUACAAAGCUUUACAGGAAGAUCUCUGGACUAUUGAAACUGUCACUGUAACGGGCAAGGGAGUCUGUCAAGAUGGAGCGGCAGUUUCAGCUUCACACAGUUAUAAUAGAAGCAUAUUUCAUAGAUCUGUGUUUCAAAAUAUUGUUAGGAUUUUAGGAAAUGUCCAGGAUUUGACAUACGAAAAUCAUGCCCUUUAUUCUUAUACGGCAGAAGAUUUAAGACUUCAGAUAGAACUGUAUCUUCAAAGUGUAAUUUACAAUUCCAUAAAUGUGACUCAAUUAUCAAAAGAUGCUCCUGUUGCGCUAACUGUUCAUGAUGAGUCUCCACAUCUUAAACCAUAUCUCGGAGAACUUAGGAUGUGCAUUUCAAUCCUUUUCUCAUUUCAAAGAAAACUUGUCAGAGAAAUAAAGUUUAUCAAAGAAAGUAGGUCUUGGUUGUCACAAUUGGUGGCUGUUCUUCUAAGAGUAGCAAAUUAUCAAGAUCAUAUUUUCAUUUUGAACCAUAUUUUAAGAUGCCCAGCUGGUGUUGGAUCUUGGGCUUCCUCCUUCAUUCAAACGCCAUUAAACAUAAACUCGACUGAUUCUCCUUUUGCAAAUUUUCAAAUAAACCACGUAUUAACAAUUUUCUCUGCUAUUUUGACUCCUGUUCAUAGCAGGGAGGAAUUUCUGGAAGAUUUGGCGGUAAAAAAUGAUACGUGUGCUGAAGCUUUUUGGGUUAUGGUUGAUUCAGAUGGAGAGGAUGAUGACAAUUUGCCUAUAAAGCCUUUGAAAGAAAACGAUUUGGUUGCUUUUUUAAAUCAGUUACCUUUGGAUGAUUUGUUCAGGAAUGUAUUGUUGAUUCGGCAGAAAAAUUUUCAGGAUGUAUAUGAUGUGGAGGCUAUAACAGAACACCACAUCUUAAGAUACUUCGCCUUUUCUACAGUUGUACUUAAAAUAUUAUAUAAGGGGAUCCAGACUUACGACCAACCUAGAUAUAAUCAAUUUUCAAAGAGACUCAGUCGAUUCAUACGUCACGUGGCACAGUACGCAACUGAUCAAUGGGAGCAGUUUCUAAAGGUACAGAGAAUAGAAGAUAAGGCAAUGUUGCAACGUCUUCAAGUAGAAUACGACGCAUUUUUUCUUAGAGCAAUCUACUAUUUAUAUUCAUCUCAAAAAUUGGGUGCUUGGCAGUUUUUGGCCGUGAUUCCUUACAACAUGGUAUCGAUAAGAGUUUUAUGGAAAAUUUUCUAUUUUCUACACAGCACCGAUAAUCAAGCUAAAGACAUAUUGAAUCCUCUAGUAAUGGACAACUACAGUGAGAAAAUUUGGGGAAACGAAUUACGUGAACAAUUCGAAGACAAAUUGGCAAAUUUAGAAGAUGCAGAAGUUUAUUAUUUGUUAAAUACUUUCGCUAAUAUGGCUCUGGCUCGUGGUGAAAUGGAGAUGGAAUUUGUAUACUCAUCAACUUUAGAUUUAUUACAGGUGGGAUUCAUAAGUACAACAACUCAAGAAUCAUGCUCCAAAUCAGCUAGAAUACUAUUAACUCAUAUUACAUCUAAAUAUCCCCAUUUACUCUCAAAUAUUCUAAAAGAAGUCAAAGACAAUAUAGAUAAAAUCGGAUCGUUGUCUCUCUAUCUCUAUGAGGAAUUACCUUUGUCGAUAUGGAAAAUUACCGAUGUCGAUCUGGAAGUAAUUUCAAGAUUGUUAUUAAACAAUCCUCUAACCAGUUACGAAAGCAAACUUUCACGGAUGAUACUUUCGAGAUUGAACUGGGAUGAAAUUCCUUACGAGAUUCAUUGCGACGUUGCCAUUUUGGUAGUUCAAAGUGCCUAUCAAGAACCGGGAAUCGAAAAUUGGGCUUGGCAAACGAUUUUAAGAUUGAAAUUGCAUAUUAGUGACAAAGCCUUUAAAGAAAUUGGUAGAAUACAGGAGCUUGAACGUUAUGAUAUUUUGCUGAAAGGUAUUAGAGAACAAAACUGCUUAGCCAUCUUCGUAACACUUUUAAUGACCUCUUGGGGACAUUUAGUGCCACUAAUUUGUAGCAAGGGUCUCUCACAAUUACUGUACCUGCAAACCCAACAAAAGCACGAAGCGGUACUUUUCAUACUUUACUUAAUAGUGCCUUUAUUUAUCGAUUCGCAAGAAUGUAUAAUUAAUUUGGAAAAAUUCCAAGACAUUUUAAUGAACCUACUAAACGCCGACAGAGGCUACAUAUCCAUGGCUAAAAGUUUAGUUUAUGCCCAGAAUACAGUUCUUCAACAAUUCGGGAACAUGAUCGAGACUCAAAUUGUGAAUUAUAAUUAUUACAAUCUCGAUAGCCCUCGUUGUUUAGUUAGAUUAUGGACCAAUUCGUUGGUUUCUAUACCUGGUUGGAAUAAGGAUAUGGGUAUCAUGUAUCUCCUGGAUGUUAUUAUUCGCACAGCUUUCCAACAUACUGAUGCUGUUGAUACUAUUUAUGAUAUUUUACGGGAGCAGUCACAAGUUGGUACUCCACAAGAAAGUUCGGGCACAAUCAGUUCUUUGUUCAAGUGGGUAUCUAGUAACAAUACGAAUGGAAGUUUAAUUUCGAAUUCUUUAUCUACUUACACUUGGUUGGCUUACAUCGUUAUAUCUGUUGAACAUGAAGAACGCGAACAUCGUUCUGGUAUUUGGAACGAAGUUUUGAUUCAGCUUAGCAAACAGAAAGGGAAAGUUAGUGUAGACCAAGCAAUAAAAAAAGCUUCAAGCUCUUUAAAAGUACCUUCUUUCACUUCGAGUUACCUUUGUAUAUACCGAUGGGCGCAACAAGCGUUAGAUACGCCCCUCGAUAAUCCCCUCUUACCCCUUCUCUGGCAGAAAUUUUUUAAUCUGUACCUAGCACGAAUUCCGAAUCCUAGUAUCGAAGAAAAAUCUUGCGUGGGAGAUAAAUUUUUUGAUGGAUUGGUUAAUUUCACGUUUUUCAAAAGAAUUAAAAGGAGGCUGCAGGAAUCUGUGGAUUAUUUCCGGGCCAAAAUCGAUUUGAAAGAUGAAGAAAAUAAAGAACUAUCCAAGAAACCUUUCUAUAAAUCUUGUGAAAGAAUAUUUAAAGCUUUUUCUUUAUGGUUAGAGGAGCCCAGGUUGCAAGAAAAUAAUAUUUUGUUGAAGAGUUUACCUCCUCAAUAUGAACCUGGUUAUUUAGUUCACAUAAUGCAAGGUGAAAAUAUACCUUGGAUUGUAUUUAUAGAUUCAGAAAAACUCAAACAAGAACAACAAUCCCACAUCCGUAUCUGGAGAGUUAACAAUUUCAGGGAAAAAACGAACGUCAACAAACCCUUACUAAACGCCGGAAGUCGUGUCGAAAGCGACGAUCCCAUAGAACGCAUCUUUAGACGCCUUUCCUCAUAUGACAAACCUAAAACAGCUCCUUCUAUCACACUAUACGCUCCGGUAAUCCCGAACAUAGAAUUCGGAAACAAGGAUGAAAUGUUUAAAUCGUUAGAACAAAGUUUUAAAACUUUGAAGCAAUGCGCGCACAACCAUGCCUUGAAGUUGUCGGAACAGAAGGCGUUGGAUAGCGCUUAUAAAGAGUUGGUACCGCAGCAGUACAGGUCGGUACUGAAUCGUGUCAAGAAAAAAGUACCGUGCAAAGGAAAAAAUCAGACUUGUUAUUGCGGAGGAGCGGCUGAAAUUAUUUUGGAAAUGCAGGAAGCUAGAAUUAAUGAAAGAAUAGAUCAUCAAAUACAGUCAAAUAGAAACACUUACGAGUCGCUUUUGGCAAAUGCUUUGCAGUUAUCAUCGAUAAAUUUGUGUUCUGCCUCAGUGACAAUACAAAAAACAAUAAGAACCCUCCAGUCUCAGCUCCACUGUAACCCAGCGACAUCCGAACUUGGCGUAGAAUUAUUUUACAACAUUUUAUCCCUAUUAAACGAUGAACUUAAUUCCUAUCCACCUACGAAAACUUUAUUUUCAAUGUGCUUAGAACGACUGGGACAAUCGCAUAUUUGCGGUGUGGAAUACGAAAUGCCGAGAUUAUUGAAGAAAAUUCUACAAGAUUCGAAUCUGGGAGAAUAUUUGGCUCCGCAUUUUUCACCUUGUAACGUGGGUACUGCCAAUUUGCUUUUAAUGUAUUCGACAAUUUGCAAGGAAAUUGGUCAAAAAUACGACGUGGCUUUUGCACUACUCUCAAAGUUCGAGAUAGAGAACUGGCUAAAAGUUAAAAACCCAAAGAUAAGUCAACGAUCUCAAUUGAUACAGCUCAUAAUACAAGCCUUAACCACUUUGGGAUUCGAUCCUCCAAUAGAAGCUUUAACAUUGCACGGCCUUUAUCGCAGACAUUUGUUGAUUAUUUUCGAAUAUCAAUUUCCUGAACAUUAUGGAGAAGUUUUAGUUUUACUGUUAAAAGCUAGCAGCGGGAAUCCCGAAACAAAUUUGCUUCCGGAAGCUGUAUGGAUGGAUAUUCUUAAUUUUCUAGCACAACCUGUUGUUUUGAAUCUUAAAUCGCCCAUAAGAGACCAACUUAGACAAUAUGCACAAUAUCAAAGUAUAUUACAACAUCAGGAAUUAUUAGAGACAGCAGAGCUACUAGCUAGACAUUUUACCCAGGAACGUUUGCAGUAUGGAAUUUACGGUUUAUAUCCGAAAUGCCGGACCUAUAUGGAUGUUUACAUGCUGUUCCUUGGCAUAGUGGGUCAUGGGAUUAUAGUCAGCAUGCUAAAUACUCACCAAGGAUUACUGGGUGACAAAUUAUGCGAAAAAAUUUGGCCAUAUUUAAGAGACAUGUUCGCUCCUUGGAUAGUACCAUAUUCCAUGCAAAAUCUUAAAGAAAACAUGGCUUCUUGGAUUCAACAACUUGCUGACGACAGAUCGGUUCUGCUGCCUUGGAUACCUGCCGAUACGGUGUUUGCCCAGAAAGUUUUGUGUGCUUUCAGGGAAUGUGUAUCGUUUGUUCUUCACACCCUUCCAGCAUCAAGCAGUAUACUGAGUUACAUUUGGCAAUGGUAUGUCACUUGCUACGCCCACAAAUCUGUCAAAGAUCACAUACUAAUUUCAAUUCACCAGACAUUCUUAACAUUUCCAUGGCACAAUUUUUGGCCUUCGGUAGUCGAUGUUGAGUUCAUGCUUAAGGUUGUAGAUCAAUACCUGCCGGACUGUCACUCUUUCUUGGGACAUAUAUUCAUGUUAGUACCGUGGACGAAUUGGCUGAACAGCUUGAACACGGCGCCUAUACAACUACGUACUAGAGUAUAUCAAUGCUUUCUGAACCUGAUGGUGAAACUUUGCAACGAACCCAACGUUAGAAAAAAUCAAUCAGAUCAAGCCAAAUCGCUUUUGGUUCAAGCCGAAAAUUUCGAUUGGACCAUAUUGGAUGCUUCUUUCUACCAGUACGUGUUAGAUUGGCUUGUAAUGAGCUGUGAUUCGUCUGUGAUCUUCAAGAAUGAUCCUUUAGAUUUAGAUUAUAGGAUAUUACAUUUUCUUAAAGUAGUAGCAAACUGCAAUGGUGACCAGCCAAAUAUGUCACUUGAGACACUAAACAAAAGACUGAUAUUCGUAAAAACAUAUAUUAAAUUACUAUCCGUUUACGCUAAUCGCAACAAGGCGAACAUAUCCCGGAAAGAACAAGACAUUUCAAUUUUAAUAUCUCGCCAAUUAACCGAUCUGGAAGUCAUGGUAAAUACCGAGGAGGAAUGUACGGUUUUGCUUAAGGAAUUAUUGUGUUCCUUAAAUAUAGAACACGUCAAAAAUAUCGUGUUAGGCUGCUAUAUUAAAUGGAUAGAAAACAAACCCGGAAAUGGACUGAUUAUUCGAUCAUUGCUGAAUACUCUGGGAUCAGCUGUAUCCGAUUACGAUAUUUUGGCUAGCCUCAUGGAAGUUACCAUAAAUAGUUAUUUUGUAAAUACAGUUACAGACGAUUUUCAGCCUAGUUGGAGAGAAAUAGGCGAAUUGUUGAAUAUAUUGAUUCCCAAACAGACGGAGUUGCAGCAGGCCGUGUUAAAUAAAAGUUGUUUGUUAGCCUUGAACGCCAUUUUAGUCCAGAUGAUGUCCAAACAAAAUAAUACGGAGAUUUUGUUAAACUUGUGUUUGGAAUGGAUGGUGAAUGUUAAAAUUUGUGAGUCUACAGAAUCUAAAGUACCUCUGAUAUGGUGUGGAUUUUUAAUGUUGGUAUUACAGCACGCUGAGAAGGAUGAGCCUUUUUGCGGCACCAUUUUGCACAAAUUUGCACAGAUUUUAUUGCAAAUUUCUGACGAAAAGGGAUCAAAUAAGUGGGGUAGAGGUUUACUAAGUGCGAUAGGGCUUAGUAAACAAGGAAACGUAUCUUUGGAAUUCAAAUUUCUCUGCCGAGCUUUAGCAGGUUACAUUUUGGCUCAAUUGCCUGAAAUGAAAGGCGAACCACAAGUGAUUAGAAAAUUUGCUAAUGCUCCUGCUAAAGUAGGCCAAAGUGGAGGCAAUACGGAAUGCGUAAAAAUAUUAUUAACCAUGGAUUUUGGCCAGUCGCAGGGAAAGAUUAAGGAAUGUGCAGAAUUAGCCUUGAAACAAAUUCAGGAUUCUAACAAUUCGUUACACAACGCCAGAAAAUUUGUGAUGCUUCUAGUUAAACAAUUUUAUACAAAGCCAUAUUUAAUAGACAUUGGAUAAAAAUAUUAUAUUCUAUUAUAUAGAAAUUAUAUUUUCUAUUAUUCAGUUACCAUUAGGGAAGGUCAUACCUAAACUCCAUAAUUUAAAUUACAAAAUUAUUUUAUUUCUUUAAAGUUUAUCAUUUUGUUUUAUAUUAUAACAUGAAGAAACGAACAGGUUUUUAUUUUGUGAAUAGGGUAAUUUUGAAAUAACUUUAAACGACAUUGGAAUUUUAAAAACUGAAUGAACAAUGAUAUUUCUUUAUUAUCUUUGGUUAUUGUUAUACAUGUUUAUUUAGUGAUUAAGUUUUAAUUAAAUAUAUAGUUAUUU